AAUUUUUUUAUAUAUAAAUACCAAAAGAGAAAGAAUCAAUUUAACACGGUUCUUGCACUCUAUCAGUAUACUACUAUAUACACUUUCUACCUCAUUCCUUUCUCAUUUCUCUCUUUGCCAAACAAUUGGGCAAAGAUUUCACACUCAUUUCACAAAAUCCAACCAUUUCAAGAGCCAAUUAGAGCAGGAAGUAGUAUAAUUCUCCUCCCUUUUUUUACUCUCAACAUUGUUCCAAAUUUUCAAGAGAUCUAGUAGACUAGUACUUAUUAUUAGUUCAUUUUCAUCAGCAUCAUGGGAACACCAGCCAGAUAUAUAAACACAAGUAUAUGCAGAUCCUCACAUUCUCCGUUAUUACCAUUUUCAUUAAUCCUUCUACUUUCAGGUAUUCUGCCAGUAUCAGUGUUCUCAUUAGGAAUAAACUAUGGGCAAAUUGCCAACAAUCUUCCACCACCAGACAAAGUAGUCCCUCUAGUAAAAGCCAUAGGAGCAACCAAAGUUAAGCUCUAUGAUGCAGACUCCAAAGUCCUGAAAGCUUUUGCUAAAACUGGGAUCCAGUUCACUGUCACAGUAGGCAAUGAUUUACUCCCACAACUAGCUAAAGACCCAAAACAAUCACUUGAUUGGGUUAAGAAAAAUGUUCAAGGCUACUUACCUGAUACAAAUAUAACAUGUAUUCUUAUAGGAAAUGAAGUAUUAACAUACAAUGAUACUAUCUUAACUAGUAGUCUUGUGCCUGCAAUGCAGAAUAUGCAUUCAGCACUCCAGAAAUUAGGCUUAGAUGGUGAUAUUUGGGUAACUACAGCUCACAAUUUAGCCAUUCUUGAUACAUCUUACCCACCUUCAUCUGGUUCGUUUCGACAAGAUCUAAGUGGGUGUAUAACUCAAAUCUUGAACUUUCAUUCAAAAACAGGAUCCCCAUUCUUGAUUAAUGCAUACCCUUAUUUUGCAUAUAAAGCUAGUCCACAAGAAGUGAAUCUUGAUUAUGUCCUGCUUCAAGCUAAAACAGCAAAUAUUAUGGUAGACCCAGAUUCUAAUUUGCAUUAUGAUAACAUGUUGUAUGCUCAAGUUGAUGCUGUGUAUGCUGCAAUGGGACCCACUUUUAGUAAAAGAGUGGAAGUUCAAGUGUCAGAAACUGGGUGGCCAUCUAAAGGGGAUGAAGAUGAGUAUGGUGCUACUCCUGAUAAUGCUAAGAAAUAUAAUGGAAAUUUGAUUAAGCUUUUUAGUAAUAGUGCAAAAAAGGGUACACCCAUGAAGCCUAAUUGUGAUUUAAAUGUGUUUGUAUUUGCACUUUUUAAUGAGAAUAUGAAGCCAGGACCAAGUUCUGAGAGGAAUUAUGGGUUGUUUAAGCCUGAUGGUUCACCAGCUUAUUCAUUGGGGUUUCCUACAAUUCAAGCAGUUGGUAAUGGUUCUAGUUAUGGUGCUGAUGGACCGUCUUCGGCUGCAGCCGAAACUGCUGCUGGUAGUAGUGGUAGUGGUGGUGGUGGUCGCACUUCUUCUAGUGGUUAUCUCUCCAUUUCUUCAUCAACGGAAAGAUAUCCCUCAGCAGGUCUCACAGUAAUUUCAUUGGUUAUGAUGAUGAUGGGGAUGGUAGCAGUAAUUUAGAAUAGAUUAGUGAUGGUUAAGAGGUUAUUUAUAUUAUGAUAGAAUACAAUUAAAUUCUGAGUAGUGAGCCAAUUCCAGAUUUAUAAGAGAUAUUCGAGAAGAGUCUUCAGAUUUAGGGAAGAGAUAUUAGUUUCUUUGCUUGUACUGCUUGUUAAUAUCAUUAUUUUUUGACGACUCA